UCGGGCUCGCGCCGUCGCCGCCGAGGAUCGAUGAGUUCGCCGGCGGCGGGAGCUGAGCAGCCGGCGGAGGCGGAGGAGAUGCGAAAGAAGGGAGGAGGAGAUGGGAGGUUUCCGGCGUUCCCGUACGAGCCUUACUCGAUUCAGGUCGAUUUCAUGAGCGCUCUCUACUCUUCCCUCGAGCGGGGCGGCAUCUCCAUGCUCGAGAGCCCCACAGGAACUGGUAAAACCUUAAGCAUCAUUUGUAGUGCAUUGCAGUGGCUAGUCGAUCAGAAAGAGAAGCAGAAGUCCAAAGUUAAAGUCGGAUCUGAUAAAAAUGGAGCAGAGUCUGUGUCCAAUCCUGGUUCAGACGAUGAACCUGACUGGAUGAGAAAUUUUGUCCACAGUACGGAAAACCAAGGAGAGGAUAAGAAGAAAGAGAAAUUUGGAGUAGGAUUCGGCAAAAAAGGUGAAAGACGGAAGGGAGAAAGUAACAGAGACUUACUUUCCAGAGAUGGUAAGAGAGGGAAUGGUGAAUGCUCUGGAGAGUUUAUCUCUGAGAGUGCUGAGAAGGAAAGAUUUCAGACCAUGAAAAGGUGUGAGAAAAUGCAAAGUGGGAAAGGUGCAGUGGAAUCAAAUGAUGACGAGUUUUUGUUGGAGGAAUAUGAGAGUGAAGAGGAAGAGAGCAUUAGUGGUGUAAGAUCAAAGAGAAAGGUUGGUGGGGUUUCUGUUAGUUCCUCAAGUGAUGAGGAUGAAGCAGCAAAAGGUUCUGAUGAGGAGGAGGAAGAGGGUCUUAAGAUUUACUUUUGUAGUCGGACGCAUUCUCAACUCUCACAGUUUGUAAAAGAGCUUAGAAAGACUGCUUUUGCAGAUGAGAUAAACGCUGUGUGCUUAGGCUCCAGGAAGAACUUCUGCAUCAAUGAAGAGGUUCUAAAACUCGGGAACUCUACUCGUAUCAAUGAACGCUGCUUGGAGCUUCAAAAGAAAAAGAAAAAUGAUGUCUCUAAAAUCAAGAACUUAGGUGCAGGAAGAGUGAGGCGGACAAAGGCAGUUUCUGGAUGCCCAAUGCUUAGGAAACACAAGCUACAGAGGCAAUUUAAGGAACAGUUGUCUCAACGAGGGGCCUUAGACAUUGAAGAACUAGUUAACCUUGGAAGUUCUCUGGGGACUUGUCCAUAUUAUGGUGCCAGAAGCAUGGUCCCUGCUGCUGAUCUCGUGGUUCUCCCAUAUCAGUCUCUUCUAUCAAAAUCUUCUCGAGAGUCUCUUGGACUAAACUUGAAGAAUAAUGUUGUUAUUAUAGACGAGGCUCACAAUUUGGCUGAUUCACUCAUCAGCAUGUAUGAUGCAAAAGUAACCUUGUCGCAGCUGGAGGAUGUGCAUUGCCAUCUAGAGAUGUACCUAGAAAGAUUCUUCAAUCUCCUGGGACCUGGCAAUCGGAGAUAUAUCCAAACACUAAUGGUCAUUACUCGGGCUUUCAUGGGAGCUCUAAAUGAGAAGAAUAGAGAUAAUUUGGAUACACCCGAUAAUGCGGAUAAUCUUCCUGCAGGAAAAAUUACCAUCGCUUCUUCUAUGGCCAUCAAUGAUUUCCUAUUCACUCUAAAUAUAGACAACAUAAACUUCGUUAAGUUGCAGCAUUAUUUGAAGGAAAGCAAUAUCAUUCACAAGGUCUGUGGGUAUGGCAAUAGAAUGGCAACUCUGCAAGCAAGCUCCACCUUCAAUGAUAGUGCAUCUUGUGGAGAGGAUAUGAGCACUUUAUCCAAUUUCCGAGCAUUUGCAGAUAUGUUACUAUCUCUUACCAAUAAGAACGCUGAUGGAAGGAUAAUUGUGUCAAAGGCUAAAAAAACACUCUCUGGGCGACAAGGUGGAUAUAUCAAAUUUGUGAUGCUCACUGGAGAGAAGAUAUUCUCUGAGAUUGCAGAUCAGGCCCAUGCUGUCAUAUUGGCUGGAGGAACUUUGCAACCUAUAGAAGAAACAAGAGAACGCCUGUUUCCAUGGUUAUCCUCGGAGAUGUUGGACUUCUUUUCUUGCAGUCAUAUUGUUCCUCCAGAAAGCAUUUUACCAGUUGCAGUCUCUCGUGGCCCUUCUGGUCGGGUCUUGGAUUUCAGCUACAGCACAAGAAGCUCCUUGGCCACGAUAGAGGAGCUGGGGCUAUUACUCUGCAAUUUGAUCUCUGUAGUUCCUGAAGGAAUUGUCGUAUUCUUCUCUUCGUUUGAAUAUGAAGAAAAGGUCUAUAAUGCAUGGAAGGUUUCUGGCAUUCUCGACAGGAUGCAGAAGAAAAAGUGCGUAUUUAGGGAACCUAGGAAAAACACAGAUGUAGAAUCGGUUCUCCAAAAAUACAAGGAGAGUAUUAACAAUUUAGCUCAGUGCAAUUCAGUAGAUGCAGCUCCUCAAAAUGGUGCACUUUUCUUCGCCAUAGUUGGUGGAAAGGUAUCAGAGGGCAUCAACUUCAGUGAUGGGAUGGGUAGAUGCAUUGUUAUGGUUGGGUUGCCUUACCCUAACCCAUCCGACAUAGAAUUAAUGGAGAGGGUGAAACAUAUUGAGGGUCUAGGAGAUGGCAAUGCUAUUUCAAAUCUCAGCUUGUCCAAUGAUGAGCUUUACGUGGGAGAUGUUCAAGCUGGAUUCAACAUUCUGAGAAGCUGUGGCCACAGAGGAAAAGAGUACUAUGAAAAUCUUUGUUUCAAAGCUAUAAAUCAAUCAAUUGGUAGAGCCAUCCGACAUGCAGAUGACUAUGCAGCAAUUUUGUUGGUUGACAAACGAUAUGCAUCGGAUCCCUUGAGAAGAAGUAAUCCAUGCCCAACUGACAGGCUCCCAAAAUGGAUCAAGGACAGUCUCGUCCCAAGGACAAACAACUAUGGUGAAGUUCAUAGGUUGCUACAUCAGUUUUUCAAGUUCAACAAGAGCAGAGGUGGUCAUAAGAAUAAAUGACAUGCUGCUGCCUACUUUUUCAAAUGCUGUCUUGAGUCGAUUGUGUACAUAGCAUAUACUCCGGAUAUCUUGUGCCUGUUGGGUUUUGGCUGCUACGACAUGAUUCUGCCAGUGACUUUGGCAACUCUUGGAUGAUGCAAUGGAAAGAAGAUACCAGUGGCAA